UGUUCUGACUGCUCUGUGUCCCUGCCCGAGUCGCCAGGGGUCUUUGCGACUUUGACCAGUAGGAGCAGGCGACAACAGAGCCAGACCGCCUCCAGCCGUUUCCAACUCUACCCCAGCAACAGCGCCUAAGCCCCAGCCAGGCGACCCAGCGCCGCGCCGUGCGCGCCGGGAGAGAAGCAGCUGUUCCCAACAGCUGGGGGGCGGCGGCGCCGGGCGCCCCAGGUGCUGUCCGGGCCAAUCGCAGGCGUCCGGCCCGCCCCCUCCCCAGCCGGGCGUCGACCCCCGGGCAGUUGGGGAAGGGAGCAGAGGGGUGAAGAGCUGUCCUCCGUCCGCACUGGUCUGGCAGCUCCCUGGCAGGAGGGACCGUCCCCUGUCCCAGCCGGGCCCAGCGCCGCGCCCCCAGCUGCCACCUCCGUGCCCCAGGUCGCGGUGGCCUCUGAGCCUCUCCCGCUUCCACUCCAGCUACUCAUUUUUUGGAGAAACGUCUACCUCUUCUGGACUCGGAGACCACCACCCUCUCUUUGCGUUUAAUUUUUUUUUUAACUUCCACGAGGGGUGAGUGCAAAAAGCUCGCGCAGUCCACGGCCGCGGAGCUGGUCACCCGGGACGAUCGGGAGGAUUUGGACAGUGACCGGACGCGGAGACGUGAUCAGAGCACCCGGGCGAGUGUCGGGGGCCCCGGGCCACUCGGGAAGUCGCGCGCCCAGCGCCCACGCCGCGCCCUCGCCCCCGCGCGCGCCCUCGGCCCCCGGCGGCCGCCGCGCGCCGCGGGAGACGCGGAGCCCAAGGACCAGGCGCAGCCGCAGCCGCAGCCGGAGCCCGAGCCGCGGGGCGGGCGCGAAGAUGCACACAACCCAGAAGGACACGACGUACACUAAGAUCUUUGUGGGAGGGCUACCCUACCACACCACCGACGCCAGCCUGCGCAAGUACUUCGAGGUCUUCGGAGACAUCGAGGAGGCGGUGGUCAUCACCGACCGGCAGACCGGCAAGUCCCGGGGCUACGGAUUUGUCACCAUGGCUGACCGGGCUGCUGCUGAAAGGGCCUGCAAGGAUCCCAACCCCAUCAUUGAUGGUAGGAAGGCCAACGUGAAUCUGGCAUACUUGGGAGCAAAACCAAGAAUCAUGCAGCCAGGUUUCGCCUUUGGUGUCCAACAGCUUCACCCAGCCCUUAUACAGAGACCUUUCGGGAUCCCCGCCCACUACGUCUACCCGCAGGCUUUUGUGCAGCCUGGAGUGGUUAUUCCCCACGUCCAGCCCACAGCUGCUGCGGCUUCCACCACGCCAUACAUUGAUUACACUGGAGCUGCAUACGCACAAUACUCGGCGGCGGCGGCUGCGGCUGCUGCAGCCGCUGCCUAUGACCAGUACCCCUAUGCAGCAUCUCCGGCUGCUGCAGGCUACGUGACCACUGGGGGCUACAGCUAUGCUGUCCAGCAGCCAAUCACCGCUGCAGCACCUGGGACGGCUGCAGCCGCAGCUGCGGCUGCUGCGGCCGCAGCGGCCUUUGGCCAGUACCAGCCUCAACAGCUGCAGACAGACCGAAUGCAGUAGGACCAGCCGUCUGAUCAAAAGUCAAAGGGUUUCUCUUUUCCCUCCCAAUUUCCCAGUUUUUAGUAGUUAAUGAGAGCGUUAAUGUUGACUUUAAUAGCUUUAAAGGGAGAAGAAGGCAAAGCUAUCGGGGAGCAGCGGAGGCAUUACUUUUUUCACACUCUGGGUAGUG